AUGCCGCAGUUGGUCGAGCCCACUAAUCUACCUCCUGUUCCAUUUAAUGGAUCCACCGCUGUAUUCAAUAAUACUACCAUUCGCCAAACCCUCCAGGUUUCAUUAGCAGCACAGGAAAUCCGUAUUCGUCUCUCUAAUGUAUUCGGGCCAAACGAUCUCAAGAUUUCCAAUGCGACUAUCAGCCUACCUGCAAGACACCAGGUGGGAAUCAGAGCUCUACAGACAGAUACAUUGAAGACCGUGUUCUUCGAUGGAAGCCCAGAUGUGGAUAUCCCGAACGGUGGGCUCGUUGUGUCUGACCCAAUAAAGUUCCCUGUCGAGGCCCAAUCGGCUCUCAUGGUCAACAUAUAUCUCGCAGAGGGACAGCAAGGCUUCUCCAUUACUGGCCACCCUGGAAGUAGAACGACCUCAUACCUGGCUUUGGGGGACUGGACUAGCGCAGAGAACCUCACAGACUCAUCUGUUCAAAGCACAGAUCAUUGGUACUUUAUCAGUGGAGUGGAGGCUUGUCUACCCUUUGAGUCUAGUGGCUUCGUGAUCAUCGGUGACAGUAUCACCGAUGGGCGAGGAAGCACUACAAAUGGCAAUGAUCGUUGGCCGGAUCUAUUGCUGGCAAGAAUGCAAAAACAUAAACCCACGUCAAAUAUCGCCAUUCUCAACCAGGCCGCCGGUGGCAAUCGUAUCAUACAAGAUGGUCUAGGUCCAAACGUGAUCAGCCGUCUUGACCGGGACGUCCUAGCACAAUCUGGAGUGCAAUAUGCGAUGAUCUUCGAAGGCGUCAAUGAUAUUGGCGUAGCUGAUAGUGAUGCAGCUACGCAGGCGGAUAUCGAGAAGAAACUUGUUGCGGCAUAUAAACAGAUCGUGACACGGGUUCAUGCACUAGGGAUUCCGGUAUUUGGUGCUACUAUUACGCCAUUCGGCUCGUCGAGGAGCUCCGAGUAUGUACAGCUUUACUCAAGUGCUGAGCGGGAGAGGACUCGUCAACGAAUCAAUAAAUUCAUCCGGGAAAGUGGCAUAUUCUAUGCGGUACUAGACUUUGACCAGGUGUUGAGGGAUCCGUACGCGCCAUCUCAGUUGCUGGAAAAAUAUGAUUCAGGAGACCAUCUUCAUCCUAAUGUGGCUGGAUAUCAAGCAUUGGCAGAUUUUUUCCCUCUCAGGGUAUUUGAAUGA